AUGUCGCUAUCCAAACUCCGGUUCUGUUUAUCAAGUAUCCUUGGUUCAGCCCGACUAGCUCCCUUGAAGCCUGCAAAUCGGCGCCCAGUUCUCAAAGAACCAGAUUUGUAUGAACCCGGGGGCUUCCAUCGCGUUUCCCUGGGCGACAGCCUCGGCUCUGGGAAAUACACCGUGCUCAGGAAACUCGGCUAUGGACAGUAUUCUACCGUUUGGCUGGCUAAAGAUUCCCAACAGCAGCGAUAUGUCGCCCUCAAAUUGCUGAGGGCCGAUUGUUAUGGUGGCCCGCAUGAUAUUUUCGAACGGGAGAUCCUGUCCAAGGUCUCCCAGAUUUCUACGACUAGCACCAAUGAAGGCUGUCACCAUGUGUCUCCCCUUCUCGAUCAGUUUAGACAUACGGGUCCUAAUGGUAACCACGUGUGCCUUGUUUUUGAUGUAUUGGGGCACCACAUGCACUUCCCGACCGCCAACUUUGAAGAUGGGAGACUGCCUGUACAGUCAGUCAGAACCAUCGCUCGUCAGCUUCUGCUGGGGCUUGACUUCCUUCACAGGGAGUGUGGGGUUGUUCACACUGCACUGACAUGUCCGUUGGAGGCAUGCCUGAAACCGACCAACAUACUGCUGGAACUAGGCCAGCCGGAUAGUAUCAUCAAUCAGUAUCUGUCGGAAGUUCCUCCGCGGAUAGGCUAUGAAGGCGACGCGCCCGUGCCUCUUCGAGAAGUGAUAACGACUCCUCUGUUAUCCGAAAUGAAGGAACCCCGCAUCCAAAUAAUUGACUUUGGUGUAGCUUCUUGGAGGAAUAAACACCUAUCCGAGUUGAUUCAAUCACCAGCGCUGAGAGUCCCCGAAGUAACUAUUGGCGCCCCUUGGGACACGCAGGUUGAUAUAUGGAGUCUUGGCUGUCUUCUUGUGGAGUUUGUCCAGGGGUUUGUCCUUUUCUCUAGCACGGCGUCAAAGAACGGGACAUGGACAGCCGAGGAUGAUCAGCUGGCCAGAAUGAUGGAGAUUCUUGGGCCAUUUCCAUCCCACCUCGAGCGACUCAUCAACGGCACUACCAAGCCUUUCAUAAAACCAGCGGAUAUGUCGGAUGCUGAAGUGCCCGUCUUCAUCGAUUUCAUUCGAGGGAUGCUUCAAAUCGAUCCGCAGCUUCGGAAAUCGGCGGCAGAUCUGCUGGGACACGGAUGGUUAAAGUUGUAG